GGCUUUGCCGAGGCCCCGCCCCUUCCUUUCGCCGCCGCGCUGCUCUCACGAACGCACGUCCCAGCGCCCGCCGCCGCCGCCGCCCAAGAUGCGUUACGUCGCAGCUUAUCUGCUCGCGGUGCUCGGGGGCAACGAGUCCCCCACGUCCAAGGACUUGAAAAAGAUCCUCGACAGCGUCGGCAUCGAGACGGACGAUGAACGCAUGAACAAGGUUAUUAGUGAGCUGAAUGGAAAAAACAUUGAAGAUGUAAUUGCCCAGGGUAAUGGAAAACUUGCCAGCAUGCCAGCUGGGGGAGCGGUGGCAGUCUCUGCUGGAGGGGGCUCUGCUGCUCCUGCUGCAACUGCUGCCCCUGCAGCCGCUGAGGAGAAGAAAGAAGAGAAGAAGGAGGAAUCAGAAGAAUCUGAUGAUGACAUGGGAUUCGGCCUCUUUGAUUAAUUAUUUGUUAUAGAGAAGUUAUUAAAAGUCUUUGUUUUAAA